UAAUUAUUUUUGUUGAUUACAUUGAUAUGUCAAUCUAACUUUAAAAAAUUAAUAAUUUCUAAUUUAAUAUUAAUUAUCAAAUUAGAAUAAAGAUUAUUCUGUUUUUGUCUUUCCCUCCACUAAUUGUCGACGUAUCGAAUCCACGAAGGUUAACAUAACAAAACAAGUGACAAUCUACUUAAAGCUAGGCAUCUCCCGCCGUUUCUGCUAAUUCGCGUAUGUCCGCGUAUGUCAAAUUAUGGGAUCACAGUGAAUAACGUAAUCAUGUGAGUUGACUUUCAUCAUUUCCAAAGCGUGUAGAUCCGAUUAUCUUUUGUAUAUCUCUUCAUGAUAUGGCAAAUCCUUCCAUACGAAUGUCCAUAAUUGUACAAUUGCGAAUCCUACUCUAAGGCCGAAACCUGUAUAACUUCAGUGAACUUAAAGAUGCCAAAACUCAGGAUAACUAUGAAUGAGACACAUUCUCGACCGCACUUUGCCUGCCACACGCAGUCCUCUUUGAUGAAGACACGGACACCAAAGAAAUUGAAAAAGAACAAUUCAUCAUUAACGAAGGACAUGAGCGAGCCAAAGAAGUUACAAGGAAAUAUCAUUUCCAGGCUAAACGGAGUCCACAAGAGGCGAAGCAACAUUAUAAAACAAAGCAAAAGCAUGCAGAUGCUGAUAAUGAUUCUCAAGCAACAACGAGACCGUCGCAUAAUCGAUCUUUCUUCUAGUGGUAAUAGCAAACUGGCGGAAACGAGUUGCCUGUUGGAAAGUUCGCUCGUUUCUCUUCCUACUGAUUUGAUCAAAGACAUCUCUUGCGAUCUUAAACGAUGUACCGGCAGUCCAGCUAAAUCAGUGACCCUUUGUGCCAAGGAACAGACAAAAGUCGUCAACAAGUCCGAGAAGUCCAUUGAAGAAGAUUCGCACGAUUCUUCUCAAGAUGGAUUGAACUGUGCAGAACGAAAUAAUUCGAGAGAUACCCUCAACUUUGCUGAAGAUAAUGCAACCGCAAACAUCGCGUGUAAGCUUGAACUGCAUUUAAGUAAUGAAGAGAAGAAAUCUGCAGACUCGCGUCGCGAAGUCGAGAUCCAUAAUCAGAUAAAAUCCAAUAGAAGUCCAUCUCCAUCGUCUCGGUUCUACUAUCGCACAGAAUCUGAAGAAAAACAUAACGACUUUCCAAACAAAACUUACUCUGAGGCGCAAACACGUCCGGAAAGUGUAAACGCCACGACGACGAAGCGCAAAUACAAAGUUUGGCAAAAAAACAAAAAAGCUUGGACCCGGAAUGAAUACGUCGAUAAUCGACAGAAUAAUUGGACGGCGAAUGAAAGAUCAGUUGUAAAUACUAAUGCAACUACCUGGAAAAGAGACGCUUUUCAAAAAAAUCUCGUUUUUAAUCAACGAGCUUGGAGACCACCUGGCAUCGUGAAAACUCGUAUCACGGAAAGCCUAACAUCUUUGCAAUCAUUGUCGCAGAAAUCCUCUUUGUCUGGGGGAAAAUCUAUUGCCUCGACGAAGAGCAAACGUUCGUCGAUUGAAGAUAUUGACGAAUCUACGAGUGCAUCAGUAUCGACAAAUCAGACCACGGCGUUAAUGAAAGAAAAUAGAGACCCUCGUGCAAAUCGCAUGACGAAAAUCUCCGAACAUCUCACAGAAACGAAACAGCGCCAGAGGCUGCAAGGCGGAGGAACGUUUCCAAAAAAGAAACGAUCGAAGACAAAGAUCAAUCCAAAAGUUUUAGAACGCGAUGACGCAAAAUUCCCAAUUCCGAAAUCGAAAUCACGACACUCUCAAACGCAACCGAUCAUGCCGGAAGAAUCCUCGAACAUUUCGAACGUCAAACAGCAUUGCACCGAAUCCACCGAAUCCCUGAUUUAUAGCAAAAGAACAAAAACUCAGGAAGUAAUUCACACAUUAAAAGAGAUCAUUGACAGCGUAAAGGAAGAUGAGAACGCGGAUAGAGUCGCCACGAAGAAUGACAACGAUCAUGAGAAAAACGACAGCAAGAUUCCGAAGUUACUAAAUCGCGAUACUUUAAGGAGUAACAAAACUUGUACGACAGAUGUAAACUGGAAUAGAGCAGAGAUUCUCUCUCCUCGAAAAUCAGUUAGCACACAGACGGAUUUUGACAUCCCUUUGCAUCACAAAAUUGAUACUGAAAAGGAAAAAGACUCAAUGGAAAUUUUAAAGUUGACUCAAUCUGUAGCUACGCAAACAUCACCCAGUUAUAACAGGAAUGCAGUUGAAAUUGGAUGCAAUACUUCUAAUGUCGUUUGUAACGAUGUAGGAGUUUCCUGCAAUUUUAUAGACCCCAUAAACUUAAAAACAGAAGUCGAUCCAAUCACGAUUGAAAAUGAAUCGUCAGAGGUUUCUUCGUCUCUCAAGCACAUUAAAAUUAACACUGGAAGCGGAGAUAUUAACAAAAACGAAGAACAUUCACUCAGUGAACGCAAAAAGACGUUAAAUACAGAGAUGAGUUUAAAAUUAAAAAAUUGUAGUGACGUGGAAAUUUUAUCAAAAAUGACAAAUGAUGAAGCAAAAAAAACCAUGCAUGAAGAAGCUUGCCAAGUUUCUUUACAAUCGUCUAAAAAAUUUGAUAAUAAAACAAACACUGAUAUUGAUAAACAGGAGGAAUCCACAAAGUACUUUAACAAUCACGGCGCAAGCAGUACUUCAGUAAAUAAUUUAUUUUUAGAAAGAUCUAGAUUAUCGAUUUGCGAGUACACUGCGUCUUGCUCUUCCGAAGAAGUCGCGGAAUGUCUCGAAAACGACGAAGAAACAGUCACGUCAGAACUGAGAGUAAAGGACAUACCAAGCGAUGUGAUCGCGGCCUUCGAGCUUGCAGCAGAGCGCGCGCGCAAUCUUCACAAAGCCUUCAUUAUACAUCGCGAAAAUCUGAUGUCGAAAGUAUCUGAAAAACGAAAUGAGGAAGCAGUCGAUGAUUGCGACGAAAUGCCAAAGCAACGCGAUCAUCAGCAUUGUCUCGAAAAAUGUGCUUCUUUUGUAAAUUGCGGAAAUGAACAUAACACUCAAAAUGAGAAGAUAAACUCGGAACAUGACUUUAGCGAUUUCAUACUCAGAUGCCGUGGCAUAGACACGGUCGAAUUUUCGUCUUGCUCGUCCAGCUCCGAAUCUGAAUUGGAUUAUUUGAGAACAUCAAAAGAUCAUGAUCAAAAAGAGGAUAAUGAGCCUGAGGAUACGAUGUCGUUGAUGGCACUGAUGCACGCAUGUGGUCUCGCGCAAGAUGAAUAUGCGCUCGAGUUAUUACGAUGGGAAAGAAAUAUUGAACAGAAAAGAAACGAAAGUUUUGAUGUGGUAAGCAUGAAAAAUCAUAAAAUUUUAGCUCUUCCCGCAGCGAUUAAGGAAACUUCCCUUAUGUCACGUAAGAAUCUGCUUCCUCUUAUUUGUUGCAUCGUCUGUACUGUAGUGUUUUGGUUCUUGCAAUUUUCAUUCCAAUGCAACGUAACAAAAUAAUUUUUUUUUUGUAAUUUUAUAUAUUUGGAUUCGUGCAAAAUGUAAUUUUGAUUUUAUUGAUAUUUUCGUUUAAGUUGUGUUCUUUUGUUCUUUGGUUUCAAUAAAUACAUUCCCUGUACACGUUACAUUUUAUUAUAUUAUUAUAUUAUAUGUAUAUUUAUUUUUAUUAAACAUUUUACAAAGUUAUGAACUUAUAAAAGCUUAGAAAAGAAUGCAUUGUAAAAAAGGUUCUCUCGCAGGAUAACGAAGAGAUUCUGUAACAGAUGUAUCACAAUAAAAUGUUUUAAUACUAGAAAAAAA